UCAGCCAUGUGGGCAGAUAUCAGCACAUACUCCAGUCGAGUCUUGCCAUCUGAGCUGCUGCGCCGCCCCCCCAGUGUGUGUGGGGGUGCAGGGGGGCAGAGUAUCUCCAUUUCCAGGUCAAGCCAGUCCAUGGCGCUGUCUGGCACUGGGGGGGGCUUCUUCUUUAUGCCCAGCAUUUCCUCGGCUCCAAAUGGGAAGGAGGUCAUGCAGAAGCUGAAUGAGCGGCUGGCGUCCUACCUGGAGAAGGUGCACACGCUGGAGUUGGCCAACAGCAGUCUGGAGCAGAACAUCCGAGAAUGGUACAAACAGCAGACUCCGAUGCCAAGAGACCUGAGCGAGUACGAGAGGACCGUCGCCAGCCUGCAGGACCAGUUCGAUGCCUCCAAUCAACACAACACCCAGAUUGUCCUCCAGAUUGACAACGCCAAGCUGGCCGCCGACGACUAUAAAAUGAAGUACGACUCUGAGCUGUCCAUGAGGCAGGCUGUGGAGGCGGACACGGUGGGGCUGAAGAAGCUGCUGGACGAGCUGACAUUCGCCAAAAACACUCUGGACAAGCAGGUGGAAGAACUGAAGGAGGAGCGGCUGUCCCUGAAGAAGAACCACACAGAGGAGAUGAACACUUUGCUGGCCAAGCAGGGCACCACCAUCAAUGUGGAAGUGGACGCCGUCCCUGGGGUCGACCUCAAGAGCGCCAUCGCUGAAAUCAGAGCCCAGUAUGAAGAGGCAGUCGAGAGGAACCAGCAGGAGACAGAGGCCUGGUACAAGAAGAAGUUUGACGACCUAAACCAGCAAGUCUCCAGCAGCACCGAGGAGCUCCAGUCAGGACGCAGCCAGCUGGCCGAGUUAAAGCGCACCAUUCAGAGCCUGGAGAUCGAAGUGCAGUCGCUGAUCAGUCUGAAGCAAGCCUUGGAGGGCAGCCUGCAUGAGACUGAGCAGCAUAACUACACCCAGCUGAGCGAGCUGCAGAACCUCAUCAAUCAGCUGGAGGCUGAGCUGGCACAGCUCAAGGGGGACGCGUCACGGCAGGACGAGGAGUACAAAGCGCUGCUGGACCUCAAAACCAGGCAUGAGCUUGAAAUCCAGGAGUAUCGUCGUCUGCUGGACAUGGAGGACAAAAGGAACCCAAACAAGCAAGAAGACCUCAAGCUAAAGGAAAUAAGUGGAGGCAACACUCCCCACAGUGUGCCCAGGACUGGGGCAGAGAUGGCAGACGGAAAGAUGGCACCCACAGAAGACUUCAAAUACCCGGGCCAGAAGACUGCUACCUGACGCCCUGGGGAGGAAAAUCAGCCUGGUGGACAGAAUUGACCACCACACCCCUGCUUGUCUGGUGACAUUCCAAUAAAAGAGCAGCUGGAUAAAG